GUGGCUUCCACCUAGCGGUUUUCUUGGUUUUCGUGGUUGGCUCGGCAGUUCUUAGAAUGCGUGGCCGCGCAGUCACCUAUUGCAGCCAUAAAAUGUUAUGCUAUGUGCCCACUGGCAUUCAGCUAGGUGUAUGGUGCGCCAUUCAACGUUUGCUGAACAUAUGACAAGUUGUCACGUCCGGUACACAACCACAACGCAGCCCGUCGUGCUUGCGACCGGGGCUGGUGCAAAGCCGCAAGAAAGGUGUCACAGUCGUCCUAUCGCCUUGCUUUCCGAGUCUCCAAACAAGCUGCAGAUUCCAAUGUCGCUUUGGCAGUGGCACGACGACUGCAGCUGAUGUUCCAACGGAUUGAUCCGUUUUGCCGUGGUUUUUCGCCGUGGUAUCUACAGCAAACAACGGGACUCAACCAGGAUUCUUCGAUGGGCCGCAACGUGGCAAUGACACUGCGGACCGUCUACUUGUCAACGCCUACCCUACAGGAGUGACGUCAUCGCUGGACAACCUAGAAAAGGCGCAUCCCGGCAUCGAUUCCUUCAGAGGGCACGGCAGCUUGCUGGUGGACAGCAUGGUUAAAUCGCCAUUACUGCUUGUGCAGGGCCACACUGGUGACUGAGCAGACGGUGGUGCAUGACUGAGUGAAGCCGGCGCUGCAGAUGCCGCCCCUGCCGUGGAUGCGCGGAGGCGAGUGCCAUCUGCUGGUGGUGAAAGGAACCCAGUGGCACAUGCAGCAGGCCCCUCGAGUGUUUGCCUACGGACACGACAGACCCGUUGCAAGUGAACACUAUUUACAGAGAGUUUUGCCAGACCGUUGUUGGUGCCCUUGAAAAGCAGUGGGUCAAGAUGAUCGCAGCAAACGAAAUGGCUGACCAUGUGCGGGUUUUGUGCGGUCACUGGCUUCCCAAAGGCAGUUGGGCAGCACUGGAUGGCUGUCAUUUUCCUGUCUCGCCACCAAAGGAAAACGCCAUCGAUUACUACAAUUACAAAGGCUGGUAAGUGAACGAACUACAAUGAGCGGUAUCCGAAUGCGCAGAAGCAAAAACUAAUUAGUACAACUGUAAAUCGAGUCGCAUACUGGACAAAAAUUGGCAUAAAAAUCUCACCAGUCUUGUUCUAGUUUGUUAAUAUGCACUCAAAUUAUCCCCCCAAACACUUAUCUAUAAAUUCAUGAUGUCGCAUUCGAGCAACUAAUUUAGAAACGCUUUAUCCUCAUAUCAUGACUGCAGCACACAUGCUUUUUACUGUUAUGUUGCGCAAGUACGAGAAUUAUAGAUACCACUCUCGUAAGCUUCAUACCUCGAUGCAGUGAAGUUUGCGUUGCAGACUUGGUCUUGGCCAUGACGUGUAUUUACUUGCAUGUACAGUGUGAUCCUGCUGGCUCUGGUGGACCACAAGUACCGGUUCCGCUACACUAACGUUGGCUCCCCAGGCAGGUGCCACGACGCACACGUGUUUCACAACUCCAUCUUGGCAAGAGCGAUUCAGGAACCAACAUUUCAGAGCCCAACCAUUUGUGUUGGCACUUCUCUUGUGCCCCCAUUGGUUUUGUGUGACCAAGCUUUCCCUCUUACACCGAACCUCAUGAAACCGUUCCCCGGCUUGAACCACACCCCAGAAGAGGGCAACUUCAACUAUGAACUCUCCAAAACACGAAGAAUUGUGGAGAACGCUUUUGGAAGGCUCAAGGCACGCUUCAGAUUUGUGAUGAAGCGAAUGGAGUGCGACAUCAGUAAUGUGCCUAUUGUCAUAAAAGCAUGCUGUGUGUUAACUAACAUAUGCGAACAUUUCAAUGAUUCCGUAUCUCAGCAGUGGCUGAAUGAAGUGGAGUUACAGAAUACAAUAUAUCAGCAACCACUUCACACAGCAGGCACUCAAGUUGGAUGUGAAAGAGAUGUCCGAGAUGCACUUGUGCAUUAUUUUCAGCUGCAUGGAGACCACUAGAUGCAAAGAGUUGAGCCAGUACAAGGAAAUAUUUUAUUUUUUCAGAAAAACAUCUAAGCUCAACAAGCUUCUCCUGGAUGUUCAUUUGCCUCUCUCGGAGGACAUUCUCUUCAGCUUUAGCUCCUUCAAGAGCUCUAAUUAGCCGCUCGUUCUGCUUCAGCAGAGCGUUUUGAAAAUUCUCGUUCGCAGAGGUUCUCUUGCGCUUUCCCGUCCUUCUCACGGGCGCAGUGCUGCUCGGACUGGGCCUUGGCGACAGUGGAUCUGUGGGCACCACUGCUGCCUCUCCAUCAUCGCCGCUCUCCACCAUUGAUGUGUUGGCACUGACAGGUGUGCCCAACUCCAUUGAAUAAAUUUUCUGAAAAAACAUACCACAAAUGAAAUUGUUCAUUUAUGACCUCAGAAGCAUGGGAAUAUUCAGCUUGACAUUCACACUUGCAGUGAAAUAGUAAUCAGGUUUUCACACCUGCGGUUUGUUGCACCUAAUCGGUUUGCCUAAUUGUUGCAUUAACACAAAGUAAAAGCUAGUAGUGAUGAAUUCAAUAAUAGCAUGCUAAAAUAGCGAGAUGGCUUUGCACACCUGCUUACACUGCAUUAGCAAAAUUGACGAUGCCUGACUGCUUGGAGUGCGAACUGUGUUACCACCAGUGGGUGUGCUUACUUCUCUGAAUGUAACAAUUGAUGCCAGUAUGAAAAAGUAAACAAUAUUUGUGAGAAUAUUUUCUCCACAAUACUGCGCUCAACUGCAAAUGAGAAAUCUCACUUCAACUGUUUCACUUGGGCUGCAGGCACUUUCCUGGAUCAGUGACCUGUCAUUGGAAGGCAAGCACCCUAAAAAAUGGUGCAGCUCCCUAAAGAAGGGCCAUGUUGUUGCUGCCAAGC